CUACAGUAGCUAAAACCCUAAUAUCUUUUCAGUCUCUUUGUUGGUGUGGAGAAAUCUGCAACGACAGCCAAAACCCUAAAUUACUUGAAGCUGGUAAUACUAAAUUUGUUUAGGGUUUUUGCUUAGGUAUUAAAAAUGAAGGACAAGAAGAAGAGAAGCAGGCAGCAAAAUCCAGAGCCUUUCUUUGGAGAAGACAGGGACGCCAAUUCUGUGAAGAAGCGAUCCAAAGCCCCCAAACGACAUCAAGAACAAGAAAGGAUGAUAUCCUCAGAUAUGAGUUCAAAAAUCUUGAAAGAAGCCAUGCUUCAACAAAAGGAGAUUCAAGUUGAGGAAGAAGAGAGAAAUCCUAUGAACAAUGCCUUUCUCGAGGCCGACCAAGAGGUUGCUAGGCAUCAACAACAAGAGCUGGACGAUGAUGUUGAUGAUUUUGCUGGAUUUUCCGACACUCAAACGCAGAUUGGUGAUUAUGAUGAAAUUGAUGAGAAUGAGGAGAAAUUACUAGAGGCCUUCUUGUCGAAGGAUGCUGGUCCUCAACAAACACUUGCCGACCUCAUCAUUGAAAAAAUUAAAAAGCAGGAUGCGAAUGGUUCUUCUGAAAUACAAGCUUUGCCCAAGUUGGAUGAGUCUCUCGUAGAAUUAUAUAGAGGGCUUGGAGAGUUUCUGAGUAAGUACACAAUCGGAAAAAUGCCUAAAGCAUUUAAACAUAUUCCUGCCAUGAAAUUUUGGGAGGAUGUCUUGUACCUGACUAAACCCGAGAACUGGUCACCAAAUGCCAUGUAUCAAGCAACAAGAAUCUUUUCUUCCAAUUUUGGUGCAAAGAAAGCAGAACGUUUCUAUAAGCUUGUAUUGCUUCCUCGGAUCAGAGAUGACAUUAAGCAGCAUAAGAAGCUGCACUUUUCUUUAUAUCAAGCUCUAAAAAAGUCACUUUACAAGCCAGCAGCAUUCAACAAGGGAAUAUUAUUUCCGUUGUGUAAGUCAGGGACAUGCAACCUCAGGGAGGCUGUCAUUGUUGGAAGCAUUGUUCAAAAGGUUUCCAUUCCUAUGCUGCAUUCAAGUGUAGCAUUAUUGAAGCUCGCCGAGAUGGAAUAUUGUGGUACUACAAGUUACUUUAUCAAGCUUCUUUUGGAAAAGAAAUAUGCUUUGCCAUAUCGCGUAGUUGAUGCUGUUGUUGCUCAUUUUAUGAGAUUUAUUAAUGAUACAAGAAUAAUGCCUGUAAUAUGGCAUCAGUCUCUUCUUGCUUUCGUGCAAAGGUACAAGAAUGAACUGCAGAAAGAUGAUAAAUAUGACCUUAGAACGCUAGUCGCGAAGCAAAAGCAUAAAUUAGUAACACCUGAAAUUCUUCGAGAGCUUGACAAUAGCCGCAAUCGUGGGGAGAAAGAUGACCCUAUGUCGAUAACAUCUCCUUUGUCUGUGAUAAAUAAAGCAAUUGAGGAAGACAGGUUUGAUAUUCCAGAGGUGCCUAUGGAGGAGGAUUGAGUUGAGUACCCUUGGUGCAUGCGGAGGUCGGUUAUUUCAAUUAUUGAAGUUAUACAGAAAUGAAUUUUAGAUAAUGCUAUAUUAGUUGGUAGGGUUUUUGAAUGAAAUACAAGUAAUAGUUUAUAGGGCUUUUUCAAGAGAAACGUUCCCUCGAUGUUCUCUCUCUUUACUUUUCAACAUGUGUUAACUUUGAGACAUAAAAAUUCAGGUAUUUAUGAGACAAUAAUCUUUAGUAAAUUUUUGAAAGAGAA